UGUAAAUUGCAAGAAGUUUGGCUGAAUCAUCAAUUUGGUUAAAUAUGCCAGUUAAUAUUCUCCUGAGUGCUUCAGUUCAAUCGAGAUCAUUUAGAAUCGUUCGAGUGUCUCAAUACCGACAGUGUCAGUUUUAAAUGUGUUAUGAGUGGAAAAAAUCUAUUUUGAUGUCUUAUAACUGAUCAUAUCGCAAAAGAACGUGUGAUCCCGUGUAGAUUUGCUGUAUAGAAAAUAUUUAUUAAAAGGUUGUAGUGAAACUGACGCAGAAUUAUAUUAGAAGCGGCACCUAAAUGUGAUAGCAGUGCAUAUUGUGAAAGUGAUUGUUUAUUGCAAUCAAUGUUGGUAUAAACCAUAUUGAUGAGAUCAUUCUUGGCGAAGGUAAAGAUGAACAUAAAAUAAAACCUGUUUACCAAUCCCUAGCUGCGUUUUGUGUAAUGGUUCGUUAACUGCAAGAAUGCAGUUUAAAGCAGCAUUUUAUAUGUAACAGAGGCGGAUCGAAGUGAGUGCAGUGAAUUUUAUAUUUCCAAACACAUAUGCUUGUGAAUAUUGAGUACUUAUGUAUGUGAUUCGUGUGAUGAGUGGUGAUGGUUGUUGUAUUCAAGAUGCGACUUUCAUCGGCCGUGCUUAUUGUGUCAUGUGGAUUUGUAUAUGGGAUGUUUGGAGCCUCACUAAGCAAGUCUUUACUAAAUCCAGCACCAGACGAAUGCAGUUGGACCAAUACCGAACACGAUCACCCAACACUUGUUUGCCGCAUAAGGACUAUAAAUAGUGAACUAGAAAAUACAAACUUCAGCAUAAUUCAUCCAGAAAACACCAAAAGUCUGAUAUUACAGUGCAAUGAUGGACUAUUUUUCCAAAGCAACCUUACUCCAGGCAGCUUCAGGCAGCUUAGUGAUUUACAGUCACUGUCUAUCGAAUAUUGUAAGCUAGCAAAUUUAAGUGAUGGUUCUUUUCGAGGUCUAAAGAAGUUGACAAAUUUAACGUUACGAACAUAUAACACUGAGUGGACUUCAGUCAGUUUGGACAUUGCUCCUAAGGCAUUUAAUAGUGAACUUUCGAAGUUGAAACGUUUGGAUCUUAGUGUGAACAAUAUUCGAAAUGUGCCGGAUGGUGUUAUUUGUCCGUUAAUCAAACUAGAAUAUCUUAAUCUGACACAUAAUCGAUUGCGCGAUCUCACACGCUUUCAUUUUAGUGCCUCAUUGAGCACACGACUCUCAAAGAAAUGUGGAAAUUCAAUAGUAGUACUGGAUUUUUCGCAAAAUAACAUCGACAAUUUACCACCAGCUAUUUUUUCUGGGCUUGGUAAGCUUUCUGAUUUGCGUCUGCAAAGUAACGGGCUCAACUUUAUCGCCGAUCGUGCUCUCGAGGGCUUAGUGUCACUAUCGCGAUUGGACAUUUCACAGAAUCGGAUAACCAACUUGCCUCCGGAACUGUUUUCUGAAGCUAAGCAUAUCGAAGAAAUUUAUCUGCAAAAUAAUAGUCUAAACGUGCUGGCACCAGGAAUAUUCACCGAUUUGCAACAAUUACACAUAUUGGAUCUUUCCAACAACGAGCUAACAUCGGAAUGGAUCAACCCGUCAACGUUCAAAGGACUGCUACAGCUGAUAUUGCUAGACUUGUCCAAUAAUAAACUAUCGAAAGUGGAACCAACAAUUUUUCGUGAUUUGAGCAAUGUGCAAGUUCUUCGGUUACAGAACAACUUCAUCGAAACCAUCGCAAUGAACACUUUCCAGGGGCUAACUGCAUUACAUACCCUCGUUCUAUCGCACAACCGCAUCUCAGCCAUAGAACACUAUACUUUAACCGGUCUAGAAGGUUUGGCCCUGCUGUCUUUGGACUACAAUAGGAUAAAUCGGAUCGAUCGCCAAGCAUUUCGAAACCAGUCCCAUCUCCAAGAGUUACACCUGAAUGAUAACAAACUGCUUCAAGUUCCAGAUGCUCUGUACGAUGUCCCGCUACUACGCACACUUGAUCUAGGAGAAAAUCAUAUUAAUAACAUAGAUCAUGCUAGCUUUCGACAAAUGGAACAUUUGUAUGGAUUACGAUUAACGGAAAACAACAUCGAAAUUAUUCGACGCGGAACGUUAGAUGCAAUGAAAUCACUGCACAUCUUAAAUGUAUCACAAAAUAGAUUGAAAGUAGUUGAGCAGUCUUGUUUUGACAAUAACACAAAGUUGCAGGCAAUUCGACUGGACGGAAAUUAUCUGACUGAUAUUGCUGGUUUGUUCACAAAACUACCAAAUCUGCUGUGGCUCAACAUAAGUGACAACCAUUUGGAAGUUUUUGAUUACGCACUUAUUCCUACAGGACUACAGUGGUUGGAUAUUCAUUCAAACAAAAUUAGUGAGCUUGGUAAUUAUUUUGAGAUUGAGUCUCAGUUGUCCCUUAGUACUAUUGAUGCUAGUUCGAACCAGCUUACUGAAAUAACAGGAAGUGCCAUUCCAAAUAGUGUGGAGCUGUUGUAUUUGAAUGAUAACCUUAUUUCAAAAGUGCAGUCCUACACAUUCUUCAAAAAACCAAACUUAACUCGAGUCGACCUAUUCGGCAACAAAAUUACGACGCUGGAUCCUAACUCUUUGCGAAUAUCAGCCGUUCCGGAUGAGCGUGCAUUGCCUGAAUUUUAUAUAGGUGGAAAUCCGUAUCAAUGUGAUUGCAACCUUAAUUGGCUACAAAAUAAUAACGUUGAAUCACGAACUCAACCAAAGCUGAUGGAUUUGGACAGCAUAUACUGCAAGUUGCUAUACAAUCGUGGCCGAACCUAUGUGCCACUAGUCGAGGCUAUGCCAAAUCAAUUUCUUUGUAAAUAUGAAACUCAUUGCUUUGCUCUUUGUCAUUGUUGUGAUUUUUAUGCAUGCGAUUGUAAAAUGGAAUGUCCAAACCAAUGCACAUGUUUUCACGACCAAAGUUGGACCUCGAAUGUGGUUGAUUGCUCACGGGCUGGUUAUUACGCCCAGCUUCCUGAUCAAAUGCCAAUGGACUCAACACAAAUUUAUCUUGACGGAAACAAUUUCAAACUACUCAGCAGUCACGCAUUUCUUGGUCGGAAAAGAUUAAAAAUUCUCUUCUUGAAUAAUUCAAAUAUUGAGCUAAUAAGCAACAGAACCUUCUACGGCCUUCAGUCGCUCGAAAUUUUGCAGCUUGACCAUAACCUUAUUAGAAAUUUAGACGGCUUCGAAUUCAUAGGACUUACUCAGCUUAAGGAAUUAUUGCUGCAUCACAAUCAAAUAUCUUUUGUAGGAAAUCAUUCAUUCGAGUUCUUGCACAGUCUAAAAAUUCUCCGACUCGAUCACAACCGUAUUGUGGAGUUCAAUAACUGGAACUUACCAAGUCAAAUGAAUGAAAUACGACUUGCCGAGAAUCCUUGGUCUUGCCAGUGUAACUUUGUUGAGUGGUUUCAUGAUUAUGUCAGCAGAAACGAGAUCAUCAUGGACCGCCAAAUGAUUAAAUGUUCGUCAAUAACAGCGACAUACGACAAGAUAUCCACAAAUAAUACGGCCAGCAACGAUGUUAAUAACAUUGACCAAUCAUCGAACAAUUUAGCAAGUGAUUUUGCUGAUGGAUUCCUUAUUUAUCCUGACAAUAGUACUUCAUUGUGUAUCGCUACAUUACCAUUGGAAAAUUUGAUAAACAAUAAUCUUGCUUCGAAGAAAACGGUUCUAACUGCGCAACCAAUAGAAGGAUACAUUCCGUAUCUCGUAGCUACAUUGGUUGGGUUUUGUGUGGUAAUCAUCUUAACGCUAGUUUUGUUCGUAUUUCGACAGGAUAUGCGUGUAUGGUUUCACUCCAAAUUUGGAGUACGAUUAUUUUAUCAUAACGCUGAUAUAGAUAAGCAAGAGCGCGACAAGCUAUUUGAUGCAUUCGUUUCAUAUAGCUCAAAGGAUGAAGCGUUUGUUGCAGAAGAGCUCGCACCGAUGCUAGAAAACGGAGAUCCAUCUUACAAAUUAUGUUUACAUUAUCGAGAUUUUCCUGUGGGUGCCUACAUCGCUGAUACUAUCUUGCAAGCUGUAGAAUCAUCAAGACGUACCAUAAUGGUACUUUCUGAGAAUUUCAUUAAGUCUGAAUGGUGUCGGUUUGAGUUUAAAUCUGCUCAUCAUCAGGUGCUCCGCGAUCGUCGCCGACGUUUGAUAGUAAUUUUGUUGGGAGAAGUACCUCAAAAAGAUUUGGAUCCCGACAUUCGGUUGUACCUAAAAACCAACACCUACCUUCAAUGGGGUGACAAACUGUUUUGGGAAAAGCUAAGAUUCGCACUUCCUGAUGUUCCAAACAACCAGCGACAAAGACCACAACAAAAUAUACCCUUGACGCAUACAAAUCUUCGAAACAGUUAUCGUCUUAGUAGGAUACCCAAUAACCGUUCGAAUAACUUGAUGAUUAACCAACAACAACAGCAACAAUAUGAUACAAGACCACCAGCAGUAGUGGCGGGUCAUAGUUCCACUGCCUUGCAACAGCAAUCACCAAUUUCUAUACCAUUAAACUGCAUUGGAAUGCAACCACAGUCGCGUCCAAGUCAAUAUAAGCAAUCAUCUUCACAACAAUCUCAUCAUUCGGCAACAGCACAGACGCAAUUGGUUCCUUCGAAUUCUGCUAGUCCUUCCCCAAGGACACUUGGCGUACAUAUAUAAAUUAUCAUUUCCCUUUUUGCAAUGAUUGAGGCAUGUAACUUCGUAAACUUUUUCGGUUAGCUGGCAGAGUAUGAUGACAAAGUAUCUGUUACGUAUCGAAAUACACCAUUGUGCAAUGAAAAUACUCUACUUUAGAAACCCUUAGAGACUGUUUAGUUCGCAUCGAACUGAGUUGUGGUGUUUAUGUAACUACGCAUAAAGUAAGGAAAAGACUAUUAGAUAAUAUAGAAACACGAUAUUAAAUAAACAAUCAUAAUGCAUUUAUGAUUAAGAAUCCUAGCCAAUUCAUAUUUCAUUUAGAUAAUGAAUAAGUGGUUUCUUAUUUGUGAUUUGUAAAAAAAUAAAAAAAUUGCACUGUUCUGGUUAUAAAAGAUCAUGAAGGAUUUUGUUAGUUUACGUCACUUAUGAGAGAAGGAAACAAUGAGAAUAAAGGUAUGAAUAAGAUGAUUAUUGAAGUUGAGAACUUUUCUAAAAAUAUUAUCAAUACUAUUGUGUUACAGCUUACACACAAUUAACUAUAAUAAUAACAAUAUCAAAAACAGUAACUUUUUUUUUAAACGUCAGGAAUGAAAAAGCUAUACACACUAUAGCUAUAUGUAAAAGUGUUACAGGAAGAUAUAAGGUGUAUUCCUUGUCUUGGUACAAUAUCGUUUUCUAGUUGCUAGUGUAAUUCAUUAGAAAAUUGUUAUUGCAAUUAUAAUAUGUUAGUAGCAAAGCACAAUGGAAAAAAAACAUUAAUGUCAAUCAAUUUAUAAUUGCAUAGAUGCAUCGUUUUUACAGAUUUCAAGAAUAAAAUUACAUAAAAGUUAAUGAGAGGUUACUUAGAGGUUAGAGGAAAAAUUACGGAAAAGAAAAACUAUAAAACAUAGUGACGAACAAGUAGUUCCUUACAUAUUGUUUUGGCUUUCACUUUUAAGAAAUUAACCAUUCUGCUUUGGUUUGUUUUAGUAUUGAUAGAUAUAAUACUAGAAGUAUAUAAUUUUUUUGAUUCCUUAAAAAUGUAGUAAGUGAAUGGAAUGAAUGAAUGAUAUUAUGUAAAAUAUCACUUCAAGACACCUUCUAGUCAAUGACAGGUAUGACGCUGAAUAUUUACUAAACUCAUGUGGAAAGAUAUAAUUAUCUUAGACAAUUGUCAAUCCCUAAGCCGGUUUACGAAACUCAUGCUACAGGCAACAAAAAGUCAAGAGACUGACUUUGAGCUUGGAGAACUCUUACUUGCUUGCAUUCACAAAUAUAUUAAAAAUUGAUAACUUUUUAAUUGAAAUUAAUGUGAUGAGCACAGUGUGGAGCAUAUGAGUAAAUAAAAAAUGUUAUGAACAUGAAACCAGUGUAACUGUUAUAAAUGAGCAUAUAUGGUCCACUACAUUCACACAAUAAUAUGAUGACUCGCAUUAAUAUAUAUAAAAUAUAAAAUGCUAGCAAAUGUUAGGUAGAUUGAUUCAAUUUGCAAGAAAAUGCAAGCAUUCAACAAUCAUUCGUUCCAUACUCCUCAAUUCAUCGGUUCUACUAAGCUACCUAGACCUGCCCUUGAAGCAUGUUUUGUCUGGUACGGCGCUAUUUUAAAUUUAAAAUACCUACAACCAAUAUAUUUUGUACGAUUCGUAUUCCUUGUUCAACGUAUAAUGUUUUGUGGAAUAUGCUUUAAAAGUAAGUUUAAUAAAGGGAAGGAUUGUUUCAGUUUGAAAAUUAUAUACCUUUUAUAGUCACAUCCGAAACGUAAUUGGCUGAAAGAAGUAUGAACAAGCAUAUCAAUAAGCAUACAAAAAGUCAAAAGCAGCAAUCCCUCUGUUUUUUAACAAUUCACUAGGCGUGCGAGCUUUUAAUUAACCGCGCAAAUUCGUU